UCUAGAUUCUGAACAAAAUGAAAGUUAUUUCAUCAAAAUGCUUUAUUUUAUUGACGUUAGCCACUUCAAGCUUGUUAACAUCAAGCAUCUUUUGUACAGAUGAAUUAAUGAUGUCCAAUUUUCACAGCAAAGAAAAUUAUGACAAAUAUUCUGAGCCUAAAGGAGACCCUGAGGGAGAAAAGGAAAGAAGUCUCAGUUUUGAAGAGCUCCAAGACUGGGGUCCAAAAACCGUCAUUAAGAUGAGUGCACCCCCAGUCAACAAAAUGCCACACUCAGCUGCCAAUUUGCCAUUGAGAUUUGGGAGGACCAUGGAAGACGAAAGAAGCACUGGGGCAAUGGCCAACCUGCCCCUGAGAUUUGGAAGAAAUAUAAAGGAAAGUAUCUCAAGACAUGUUCCUAAUCUGCCCCAAAGGUUUGGGAGAACAACGGCCAAAAGCGUCGCCAAGACACGGAGUGAUUUGCUCCAACAAUCCAUGCUUUCACCAUCUGCCAGUGAGUUACUCUACUCCAUGAACUGCCAGCCCCGAGAAAUCCAGAAUCCUGAUCAAAAACACCCAUGGUAAAUACCUGAAAACCAGUUAAAAUGAAUGGGCAGUUAUAUAUAGCUGGUCCAGAAACAUUAAAAA